UCUUUUAGAGCACGCUUUUCCACUCUGGUAGUUGAAAUAGAUUGUUGACUUUGGGAAGUUGGCUAUUCUUUUAUCAAGUACAAGUUGAAGCAAGCCGUGGGUUUCCAAUAAGAUGUUGUCUACAGUUCAAUAUGGGUCCGUCCAACAUGAUGCUCAUAGAACUAUGAAUUUUACUGCCAAGUAGAUAAAUUGGUCGGGCGAUGGCGUUGAGGUUUCAGGGUUCAUAGAUCCUGAAAAAGAAUUCAAAUAUUGGAGAUGAUUUUGUUAUAUUUCUUACUAGAUAUAUAUUCCUGUAUCUGUAUUGACUACAUAGGGCUUAGAGUUCACGAGUUUGUUAGUAAAAACACAAAAUUGCACUUAAUGAUCAUUUUUUUUUUUUAACUUUAAUCCAGAUUCUUCACCUAAACACAUCUUCAAUUUGUUUGUUCAGAAAAUGGGUCGUGGAAAACUCCCAAUGGAAAUCAUAAGGAAGGAGAAAUCUCGUAUCACAACUUUCCAGAAGAGAAAGAGGGGUCUAAUGAAGAAGGCUUAUGAAUUCUCCACCCUCUGCGGCAGUGAUACUUGUAUGAUCAUCUAUGGUCCUAAAUCCGGUGACCGGGAACUCGAACUUGGCACCUGGCCCCAAGACCGUGCCGAAGUUGAUCGCAUUAUCAACAAGUAUAAGACCGAUAGCACGCUCAAACGUGCAAGGGGAGCCUUUGAUUUGUCGGACUUCUUCGUAGACAGGAACAAGAGGGUUGAAGUUGAGAUUAAAAAAUUGCGCAAGAAUAUUCUCAUGGCAAAGUACCCAACAUGGGAUGAUCGCAUCGAGCUUUUGACAGAGGAUCAAUUAAGGUUGCUUCUUGACGUCAUGGACGCAAAGAUUGAAGGUGCAGGACUGAGGAUUAACAUGAUGAAAGGGAAUCAGAACAUGAUGGAGAAAGCAACAACAUCAAGGUUGGUUGCAGGUGGCCACAAUGGCCCUCAGCCUGAAGUAAUCAGAAGCCAUUUUAAUAGCAUGCAAGCCUUGUAUCAAGACCAGAUGUCUAAAUCUCCUUUGAAUCCACUUGAAACUCAGUGGACCCCACAAUUCCAAAUUGAUCAUCAGGGAUCUCAGAUGCUAAUUCCAUUUGAUCCAAGUCUUGGGGAUAAUCCUUUCAUGAAGCUGCUACAUGGUACUCAAGAUCAUUGGACUCAACACGGCGCCGGGUCUGCUAGCCAAACUCAUGCGCCCCUGAAUGGUCUUUCUAACUACAACAUGAUGUCGGGGGUUUUGGACAACAUGAUUUGGAACAAUCCAGGUGCCCCGAUGAACUACAAUGAUCUAAUGAUCACCAGACAAUUGACGCCACACCACAUAUUGCAAUGCCCGACAAUGCCAAAUCUUAAUUACUCGCAUGUGCAUAACUUUCAAGUGAACGAGUUAUAUGAUAUUCAUGAGUUCGAUAUGAAGAACAAGCAUUUGAUAUGAAGAAUAAACGUUUGAUUUGACCUAGGGAUUUUCAAGUUUAUUACUGCUCGAUCUAUCUUAAUUUGGC